GUCACUGGAAAAAUUACGAGGGCAGCGAGUACGCUCCUGGCGUGUAACGCAUGCUCUAAUAAUUUAUGUUUAUUUAUUUCGCCGUACAAAGCAACAUAAAUUAUUUCUGAAGGUCUCGCAAUAGUCUUUUUAUUGUUUCUUGCACGUAUCGAAAUUCGGUCGUUUGCUCGUUCUGUGCGCGAAGCGUGGCAAACUGGUGGUACCUAAGGUCCCUAAACUUGUUUUAUCUAGGGACUUUAGGGGUACCACGUGGUAACCGCGCGUUUUGUUCUCGGCCGCGCACGCUGAACCACGGUGCCCUGAACCGCGGCUGUCUGCUGCGCGAUCCUUCGUUUUCUUUGUGCUGGAACUUUCCUGCGCGUCCAAUGGAGCGGCGAAGGAAACUGGCUGCUUUACUGCUAAUUCUUAUUUUAAAAAGAAGGCAGGCACUGUCCCGCAAGCGCCGUGUUCGGCGGGUCCGAACGAAGCCAGCCCACAAGAGCGAGUCUUCCACGGCGGCCGUCAUGAAGCGAAAGUCGUGCCCCUACGGCCCGACCAACGACUACGUUCUAAGCAGCCCCAUUGGCCGCCUUGCCGUGAAGAGCUGCCCGCACGGUCUGCACAGCUUGCAUCAGAUGGAUGACGAAGCACUUUUCACCCCUGACCUGAGCAUUGAGGUGAAGCUGCUGAGCCAGGAGUUUGAGGACAAUGGCUACACCUACCAACCUGUGCUAGGCUGCUUGUCUUGGCUUGAUGCCUACUUCAAGAGCCCAUGUCAAGAGCAGAGGCCACUGCCUGCCAUCUGCGGGCCAACUGUGUUUCCGAGAGGUUCGUUUUGGGCUUCGGUGUGGCGGACAUUGUCCGAGAAGAUCGGUCCAGGGACGACGGUGAGCUACGGCGAGUUGGCAAGGCUCUGCAAUAACCCCCGGGCUUCCCAGUCCGUCGGGUCUGCCAUGCGGAACAACCCACUCCAGCUCUUAGUGCCGUGUCACCGCGUCGUGCGUCACAACGGCACCCUGGGACAUUACGCCGGAGGGAAGCGGGACGAUGUGAAACAGUGGCUCCUUAACCACGAGGGCAUGUGCUACUAAAGUGCUGUGAGGAAAUGGAAAAGAAGUCGCGGAAGACCUGUGAUAAAGCUUGCUGUUGCUGCCUUGCCAAUUGGCUCCGGCCAUAGGAUUGGCCAAUUUCGUGCUGUGGUCGCCAUUACAGUCCCUUCUAAAAAUUGCCAAGCUGGCUUUGCCGCAGACACAGUUGCCCAAAAUGUGGCGUCCGCUCGCACAUUGUUAAAGUGCUGAUUACAGGAAAGUUGGUGCACAGUGAUUGUGUUUAUGCACUUGUGUUGCUCAUGGGAAGGAAUUCAGCUACGGCAAGAAUUAUGCUUUUAUUAGCAUUUUAGCAAUGCAUGAGCCACCGUAUCUUGGGCAGUGUGCCCUGCAGAACAGCCAGCUUGGGUUGUAAAGGGUUCAUUGGCCAUCGCUUGGCAACAUGACCAGAUCAGUCAUGCCACUUUGCAGUGACUUAACAAGGUCACCUAGCCUGUUGGCCAUCAUUAUUGCUGGCUAGUUGCAUCAAGUUUGUAAAUGGGCUGUAGUUUAAGUUCACCAGAUGUUUCAGAAUACUGUGGCGAUGACCAAAUAGUGAUGAGCUGGCCUCUUGGCUAGUAAGGUCACAACUUCUGCAGGUUAUGCUGUCAGUGUAAAGCGAAGGCAUUAUUAAAAAGGCUGGAAGAUCCUGUGUCGUUGAAGUGGCAUGAAAUUGGACAUCACAUUUGCAGUGUAGCCACUUGUGCUACUUUGUAGUGACUUUAUAAGCUCGAGUCAUCUUGCCAGUUGAUGUUUGUAAGCAGAGCUGCAACAUUUAGUGAAGUUGAACUGUAGCACGUUUGUAAGCACAGCUACAGUUCAACUUCACUAAAUGUUGCAAAAACCCUGCAAAUGACUAAGUAGUCAUGAAUUGGAACCUUUACUUGAAAGUUCCAACUCUUCCAGGUUCUGCUGUCCAAACAAAUUGAAGGCAUUACCAGAGUCCCUUAUUACUAAAUGUGCUGAAAGCUCGUAAAGCAGCUGGUGUCCAAUUUCAUUUCGAAGUUCCUUUGCUUGUUCAUGGUCUGAAAUGCCUGUGGUUUGCACUCUGUGACAAGGUGUCUUGCCUAAGUAGAGCAAAACUGUUCAUUCUUUGAAGCCCUUGCAAUUAGCUUCAUGCAGUAGUUAUGACAGAGGCAAAUUUGGUAAAUGCCUGCUUCACCAAGAUGAAUUACAAACUUGAUAUUCUUGCACUUUAGUUAACAGUGAAGCUCCAGUUUGAUUGUUUUCUUACAAAGGCAAAGAUAAUUUGUUUCGUGUGUAUAGUUAGCACAGACCUGAAUGGCUAAACAAUAGCUUUCUACAAGCAUAGGACAGGAUCUUAUAGCCUUUCACUGUUUUUUACUGUAACGCCUUGCAUUGUGCUUUCUUUGUAAGAAUUUCAAAAGAAAUAUUUUAGCGAGGCACUUCCUCUAGUGAACUGCUCUGUGUGAAACUUUGAUGAAAGAGUAAAUUGUUGCUUAGUGCUACCAGUCUGAAAGGUAUUGAUCAACACAUGUGGAGAAGCUACAGAUCACAUUUGCUUGCUAUCAAGUUGUAAGGAAUAUUGACGGAAGAAUGCAUGAGCAAUUAAUUGGGCGCUGGAGCCUGCGACUUUGAUGUGUACUGCUUGCCUAUUGUCCGAUUAUGUAUUUGAUGGCUGCUUACUUAAUAUACGUGAAGAAAUGCACCAGCAAGGGGAGGUUGGCCUAAUUGUAAGACUACAUGGGGCAUCUGUAAUUGUUACUGAUCAUAAGAUAUGUUGCUGCAAUAAAAUAUUGGCUGCAAGCUGUCAGCAAACCUCCGAAA